GCCGGCCGCGGCAGUUCGUCUGCCGCUAUGUACUCACAACCGACUGCCGCUCACAUGCCCGUGCACGGGGGCAGCACGAUCGGUGCAGGCAGUUUCACAGCGGCAUUGUGCGGGGAGUACGAAGAUCCUUUCUCCGUUGGUCUCCCUAGACGGAUGUCAAUGGACGAUCUCUCAGGACCACAACGGUGUUACGGGGUGACAUCCAACCAGCAGUGGAAUGGCGGUGUGUACAGCCAUGGACAGAAUGACUUAUCGAGACGUGGGGCACAAAGCGGGAGUGGGCAGGGGACAUUGCCACAGGGAGGAACGCCGGGGCAUGGGCAAUCACAAGCGACGACGGGGGCGAACGUGGACAGUGGCAGUGGUGUGCGUGAGGGGCAGGCGUGCUCUCAUGCAGCCCCCCAGCAGGUCACAGUUGAGGCUGGGUCGUCCGAGUCCGUCGAUCGUUUGCGUGCCGGCUUGCCACCGGCCAGCCGUGGUGAGGGAAGGGGGCGAGGUGAAGGUCGACAAGGCACAAGUGACAGUAGUGGACAAAGAGGUCGGGCAAGACAGCCGGCACAGGGAGGACGUGGCAGAGGAGGGUGUACUCCACCCUCCUCUGCGUGCCCUGCGGAGGCGAGUGGGAGUGGAAAGGGCGUAGGGGGGCAGGAGACCAAUGACAACCCGACAACAGUUGACGAGGGAAUGCGUAAAGGAAAACCUCCUGCCAAAAAGAUAGUGCCUUGGACGCUGGAGGAGUGCUUGGCAUUGGCGAAAUGGCAACGUGAGGAUGAUGCCAUGAUGGCAGAUGCGUCCGCCAGGCACAAGUGCAUGAAGAAGGGGGAGAGACAAGAGUGGGUGUCCGAGCGCAUGAAAGAGGAAGGGAUUAUGAGGUCCGCUGAGGACUGCAGGAAAAAAUGGUUUAACCUGGGACAGAAGCUGAAACUGUUUGUGGAUAAGGUGGGGCGGUCAGGCCAUCAAUCGUAUUGGGAUAUGAUUGAAGAGGAGAGAGAGGCCGAAGGUCUUUAUGCCACAUUUGAUCGACGUCUUUGGCAGGCGAUGGAGUGGAUGUUGCAAAGACCGUCUGGGACGUGUGAUAAAGCGAUGAACUCGGACACCAUGGGUGGAGCUGAAGCAGAAGGCACGGGGGAAGGUUCAGGUGACCAAGCAGGGUCAGACAGAGGAGGGUCCGACACGUCGGGAAGCAGGUCGAAGUUCAGGCGAACCAGCGGCAACAAAGUCCAUGUAACCAUGUUGGAGGAAUUGAAGUUGGAGCGUCGUUGCCACCCUCGCGGACGGAUGGAUUUCAGCCCUGACACGGCUGAUCUCCAUAGUCGUGUCUACUAUGUUCUCGUGGAAGGGACCGUGGCGAUGAAGAUCGAUGGCGGUUUCGGGUACGACAAGGAAGGCAACCUGGUGGACGUCAUUCUCAACGUGAAGAAGUUGUCGGAAGUCGUUCCCGACGACUGGCGUCUCCCAGAACAUGAUGUCGUCGGUGACAUCGUUAGAUACCUGGUGUCCGCCAUAGCUGAUGAACACAUGGCUGCGCUUCACGCCAAUGCCUUCUACGUGGCGCACAUGCAGCCCCCUCUCCGGGCAGGCAGUACUUGCACGGCGUUGUGCAGUCGUGGUGUCCUGAUGACGAUCUGAAGGCUGCGCGUCGGCGGUGAUACAUCUUCGCUUGUCCAUAUCUGCUUCUGCCAUUGAUAAACGAAUGAAUGUGAUGAAAGUAUGAUCACGUUUUGAAGUUGCAUCACCACCUAUUCGUUGCUCGCAUUACGAACAUUUCACAUCACAAAUGCCAUUCACAUCACGAAUGCCAACCACUUUCAAAGACAUUCCGGUUCGUGACAAGUUCGAAGACAUUCACAUCACGAAUGAGAAACAUUGCGAAAGACAGAUAAAAAAACAAGAGAAAUGAAAUUCAAACGAACUA